AUGAUAUUCUUCCCCAAAAAGGUUGAUUAUGAACAACAGUGUUCAAAGAGUAAAGGUAUACACUUUCUUCCUCUCUUUGUUUCGCCUUUUUCUUUUCUUCCUUUUUCUUCUGUAGACAGUUCGGUUUCCAAACCCGACUUACUGCAACAGGGAUGUACACUUUCUUCCUCUCUUUGGUUUUCUUCUUUCUUUCCUUUUUCUUUACACAAUUCAGCUUAUAACAGAGGGAUACACUUUCUUCUCUGGUUUUCCUUUUUCUUUCUUUACACAAUUCAACUUGUAACAGAGGUAUACACUUUCUUCCUCUCUUUGGAUAUCCGUUUUCUUUUCUUUACACAAUUCAACUUCUAUCAGAGGUAUAUGCAUUCUUCUUUGGCUAUCUGCUUUCGUCACACGUCACAGUAUAUACAAUUCAGUUUCCUUUUACUUAACUUCUUUUUUCUUUCUUUGUCAAAUCAUAUCUGCCUGUCUAUCUGUCUAUCUUUACAAUGUUUUAUAUCUAUCUAUCUAUCUAUCUAUCUAUCUAUCUAUCUAUCUCUAUAUAUAUAUAUAUAUAUAUAUAUUCAUAGCUUAUCAAUCAGCAAGUGUUCAUAUUUAUCUAUCUAUCUAUUCAUUCUGUUCCUAUCUAUCUAUCUAUCUAUCUAUCUAUCUAUCUAUCUAUCUAUCUAUCUAUCUAUCUAUCUCAGUCUGUUUCUUUCUUUCUUUCUUAUCUAUCUAUCUAUCUAUCUAUCUAUCUAUCUAUCUAUCUAUCUAUCUAUCUAUCUAUCCCAGUCUGUUUCUUUCUGUCUAUCUAUCUCAGCCUGUUUUUCUUUCUUUCUUUCUUUCUUUCUUUCUUUCUUUCUUUCUUUCUUUCUUUCUUUCUUUCUUUCUUUCUUUGUCUGUUUAUUUCUAUCUAUCUAUCUCUAUCUAUCUAUCUAUCUAUCUAUCUAUCUAUCUCAGUCUGUUUUUUUUCUAUCUAUCUAUCUAUCUAUCUAUCUAUCUAUCUAUCUAUCUAUCUAUCUAUCUAUCUAUCUAUCUGUUUGUUUGUUUGUUUCUUUCUUUCUUUCUUUCUUUCUUUCUCUCUUUCUUUCUUUCUUUCUCAGUCUGUUUCUAUCUAUCUAUCUAUCUAUCUAUCUAUCUAUCUAUCUAUCUAUCUAUCUAUCUAUCUAUCUAUCUCAGUCUGUUUUUUUCUUUCUUUCUAUCUAUAUAUCUAUCUAUUCACAUUUAUUUAUUUUAUUGCUGCUAAUCUAUCUAUCUAUCUAUCUAUCUAUCUAUCUAUCUAUCUAUCUAUCUAUCUCAUUAUAUACUAUUUCUAUUGCUGGUAAUAUUUUUUUUAUCUAUCUAUCUAUCUAUCUAUCUAUCUAUCUAUCUAUCUAUCUAUCUAUCUAUCUCAUACAAAAUAUGGUGUUCUUUCUGAUUCCACGCCUCUCUCUUAAUCACAAUCUUUCCCCUUUCCUUUGCUCUGGUCGUCUCUUUCUCUCCUUUUCUCUCUCUCUCUCUCUCUCUCGCUUUAUAUCUCACUAUCUCUCUUAUUUCUCUCUCUCCCCUUCUUUAUCUCUCACUGUCUCUCUUAUUUCUCUCUCUCCCUCUUUGCCUCCCACUCACACAAUCACUAUCACACCUCUCUCCCUCUCUUUAUCUCUCUUAUUUCUCACUCUCUCUUCCUUUAUACUCCUCCCUCACAUCCUUUCUCCCUCUCUCCACCUCUCUCCCUCUCUUUCUCUCUCUUAUUUCUCACUCUCUCUUCCUUUAUACCCCUCCCUCACAUCCUUUCUCCCUCUCACCUUCUUUUCUCUAUCAUUUUCUCUUUUAUUUCUCCCACCACUUUGUCACUCCCUCUCACACACCCGUCCUCUCACUCUGCCUAUAGACCUCUCUCCGUCUCUUUCUCUUAUUUCUCACUCUCUAUCCCUUUAUACAUAUCCCUCAAAUCUUUUCUCUCUCUUUCUUUCUCUUUCAUUUUCUCUUUUAUUUCUCCCUCCACUUUAUCCCUUCAUACCUCCCUCUCACCUUUCUCUCACUCUCUCUUUCUAUGUCUCUGGAACAAUCUUCCUUAAAGUCAUUCAAUCACUUGCUUUGCUACUUUCUCUUUAUCCCGAACUUUCCUCUUUCCUUGACUCUGGGCGUCUCUCUCUCUCUCUCUCUCUCUUUCUCUAUCUCACUCACACUAUCCCUUUCUCUACCACUCUCUUUCCAUCUCUAUCUGACUGGCUUUCUCUCACACUCUCUCUAUUUUUCUCUAUUUCAUUCUCAUUUUCUCUCAUUCUUUCUCUCUCUCUCUCUCCAGUUUUCUCACACGUUCUUUCUCUCUCGCCAUCGUUUUCUCUCAUAAUCUCUGUCACUCACUCUCUCUCUCUCUCUCGUUCUCUCUCACACUCUCUCUUUCUUUCACUCUCUUUCAUUUUUCUCUCACUCUCUUUUUCUCUCUUUCACUACUCUCGUUUACUCUCACACUAUCUCUCUAUCUCCCUCGUUUUCUCCCUCUCUAUCUUUCUCUUGCUUUCUCUAACACUUCACUUUCACCCUCUCUCGUUUUCUUUCAAUCCCACUUUCUCUCUCUCUCUCUCUCUCUCUCUCUAUCUAUCUCUAUCACACACACUCUCGCUCGCUUUCUCUAGCACAUGCUUUCUCUCUUUUUCUUUAUCUUACUCUUACUCUCUCUUUCUCUUUCUCUCCCCCCUCUCUAUUUGUCUGUAUUUCCUUCUGGAAUCUUCUUCCCUCAUAUCAUCUAAUCACUUCCUUACUCUCUACAACAAUCCAAUUAUACUGAAGUGGAAUUAUUUCCCGGACGUACCCCCCCCUAAACCGUUAUCAGCUGACACGCGUCCGAUUAAGUGA